AGCAGGCAAUUGCAAGGAACACGUACUUGGAGCCCUCAAAUCAAAAUUUGGACAGUGGACUAGGCUCCAAGCACACAAACAGCCAAACAUUCACACGCAUACAUAAUCGAACAUCCCCCACACUUAAGCACGACAUUGUCCUCAAUGGAGGAAAGAUAAGGAGGGUAGAACGAAGUUACCAUAUCAACGGUGAAUGAUGGUGGACGGGUAAGGCGGUGCAUUCCAGGAGGACAAAGUAGUCGGAACACAAACACCACACAAAAUCUUACAAAAGUUGAGUUAUACUCUGAAAUCAAAGAACAAAACUGACUCAACCGAAGAGAAAUAGGGAAAGAAAUGCAAACCGACUGGUUGGGUUGCCUCCCAACAAGCGCUUCUUUCACGUCGUGAGCCGGACGAUGGCUCCUAAGUUUCGGUCCACCCCAAAACCUCCUUGAAGUUGAGGUUCUCGUCGAUGAGGUGGAGUCUCAAGUCACGAGCAUGUGGUAUGACAGGUGAUGGAAGCUCGUGCACUUGAUGCAGAUAACGUCUCCACCCUCGAGACCUCUUCUUCUCUUCUCUCGUCUCAUUGCCCCAAACUAGAUAUGACAACAUCGAUUGGCCACCAUCGCGUCCACCAAGAGGAACCGAUGUCGAUGUGGCCUUGGUUUGGCAAAUAGACACUACAAAUGGGUCCUUGCCAAGCAGCUCCUCGAAUUCGGUGGAGAUAUCACAAGUAACUCAUAGCCGGUGCAAGCCUCUUCCACCUCAACUUCGUCCUCAGCCUGGAUGCCAAUUGAUUUUUGAUUAACUUGAAACUUGAGCCUAUGCUUCACUUUAUGUGCUAGGACCUGAAAUGUGACAAAGGAACACAACCUAGCGUAAAAUAGGCCAAAGACGCGAUAAUCAAAGCUCAAAUGAUCAAGAAACAAAGGGAAAACAUGUGCAAAUAUCGAGUCAUCAAUAACAUUCAUGUCCAAGGAACAAACGAAUGGGCAACUAAGGUCCUCACCGAGGUAUGAUAUGACAUGCAAAGCAAGAAUGAUACACUCACUCUCUUGAUCAGUGACGUCGGGACUUUUUUGGUACGAUGAAUGUGCACAAUCAUCAACACUCGGCCCUAUCGUCUCUUCACCACGACGGUGACCUCUAAAUGUUAGAGUUCAUGGGAUGGUUGUCAUCACUAGCUUGUCCGGAGGUCUUAGACACAGGUUCAAAUGACUGGAAAUUGUUUUGGACAUGGGGAAAAAGCUUUUUGGGUGGUGGCAAACACAUAAUGAGGUCCUACUUCUUCACCCUAGACCCGAAGGUUCUAUGGUUUCGACUGAGAACCUUCCCUACAAACAAUGGCCACUAGCAUCAGCCAAAAACCUUGCUUCUCCCUUCCAAACUAUCACCCAUCAUGAAAUUCCUUUAAGCGCUUUUCCUAGGUCUACUCUUGCUAUCACAUUUUGACUUGGUAGUGAAGGAGUUCUAAAACAAUGUGGGGGUUUCAAUGUCUUGAGUGCCAAGAAACCCCACUGAGAGCAUACUCUUUGAUUCUUUUGUGGCACUCUCUACUUUAUUUACCCAAUUUUAUUACUUCUUUUUCGAUUCUUUUUCUUUCCACUCUCAUUUUCUUUCUUUUUCUCUUUUAUUUUUAUUUUUGAGGAGGGUAAUAGAGAGUUAAACACUUGCCACAUUAUCAUUAACAACCAAUGCUCUCUUUUAAGAACUCACUCCAACACUACUCUUUUCUCUUUCAUUCCUAGCAAGAACCGCACACAAUCCUUCUAUGUAGAACCUCAAUGGAACUCAAAAGCGAGAGCUCCUAGACAUAAGGACGACUCAUCUAUAGACACGAAGAAAAGAUGGGUAGUCGUUCUAUCAAACAUCAUUAAGCUCACAAGCAAAAGGCUUCUACAAGAGAAUGACUCCAAAAGUCACAAGGAUCAAAGGGGUUGACUAGGGGAUAAAACAUUUUGGGACAAAUCAACAUUUGGGCGUGGACUAAUCCUAUGCCUCCAUCAUACUCACUAGUGAUAAAUGUGAUGUUACUCACCAUGGUAAGAGGGAUCUAAGCACACAAGAAGAAAACGAUCGGUUCAAAACUCACAUGGCUACCUAGUCACCCAAUCAUCCAUCACCCAAUCAUCCAUUCCCAAUUGCAAAGAAGAGAAUCCAUCUUCUUUGUAAGACUCGUAGGAAGUAGAAACACGCUCAUGAUGAAGGUAGGGAUAGCUUGAAUAACAGUCUUGAGCAAUGUUUCUUUCCCCCUAUGUGAAAGGGUGGGGCUUUUCCAUGAUUCUCCUUUCUUUUCCAUUUUCCGAAUCAAGAAGCUAAAGGUGUCUAUUAUGGAUCGACCCCAUUCAGUUGGCACUCCCAGCUGUUUAUCAUUUCCCAUUAUAUUUAUCAUGGCUUAUUCAGUUGUCCAUUUUCAUCAUCAUGUCGUAUUUGUGCCCUUGUCAUCGAUUUUUGAAUUGAUGGAGAACCUAUGGACAAUAAUAAUAUUGUCCUGGAUCAUUCUUCCUCCUGUGAAAGCUACUUGCAUUUAUGAGACAAGUUUAGGAAUCAUUCCCAUGAUCCUAUUCGACAUGAUCGUGGAGAUGACUUUAUAUGUGAAAUUUCAGCAACUAAUGGGCCGGUAUUUACUGAUCUGCUCUGGUGAUGGAAUCUUGGGGGUGUUAGAGAACAUUUUUUAGCGUGCCAUUGGAGAUGAUUUGAGGCCUCUACCUCUCUCUCCUGCCUCGAAUCAAGGAAGAUCAAGAUCAUCGAACCAAAGUUGCUACUCGUGGUUCCAAGGAAGUGUGUCGUGUACCCUACAUACAAUUUUGUGGUGUCUCCUACGCCUAGUGUGCUCACGUUGUCGUCGUUCUGGAAGAAGAGCAAGUUGAUGCAUUAAAGCAUCCUUAGCUCAAGUGGCUAAUAAUUUAUUAUUAUUAGAUAAAAAUUCACUUGUAUAGUCUUAACUAUUGUUUUUGUGACAAUAAUAGUCAAUUUCUGAAAAAUACACAAAAUGUCCAAAUUUUGGAAACAUGUUUGAAAAAUUUAGCCAGUUACAUUAACAAUACGUUGAUUGAUUCAGGUAUAAUUACACAUAUUGUACCCCUCAUUUCUUGAUAGUUUGACUUGGUAAAUCAUUGUUCAUGAACCUAUUUUACUCUGGGAUGUGCUUUUUUUGCUACGUUUCAGGUCCUAGCAUGUUUGGGAAGGUCGGGGACGAGUUUCAGGACGAUUGGAAGUUGAAAAGUGAAGAAAAGUCCAAAGUCACGGUUUUUAGGCAAUUGUCAAGGUCUGGCAACCAUGACAAUUGCAUGACGUUCGUAAAGUUCGCUUGGAAAGAGUGUGGUUUUGCACCUCACGGGCCUAAACGAUAUCAUGAUCAUCGGACCUUGAAGUCAGAAAAAAGGCAACAGUCACUUGCGUUUUUGGCCGAGAUCACGGAUAGGCUUCCGAUGUCACGGCCGUGAACAGUGACCGUGAAAAUCGACUGUCUGGCUGAAACACCAAAGGGGAGUUCUUGAGUGAUCUUGGAGGUUAAUUGAAGGCAUUGAUUAAGUUUGGAAGCAAGGAAUCAAGCCUAGAAGAAGAAGAAGAAUAAUAAGAAGAAGAAGAAGAAGAUCUUGUACUCCAAGUUGUAAUCUCUCUCUUCUCUCUUUUGAAACUAGCCCUCUUCUCUUGGGUUUAAGAACCCUUAGUCUAGGUCUAGGUUUUGGUUUUAUGUUGAUGUAUGUGACAAAUUCCAUUUUUGAUUAAUGAAUUUACUUAAUUGAA